AUGGGAAAACGAGUUAAAAGAUCAGUAGAAUUGAGACAGAAUAAAAGACGGAAGCAGGGGGAUUCUCAGCUUAGAGGUAGUUUGUUCAACAAAAUGGAUGGGGAGCUUGAAGAAGAGGAUGAUGGAGUGGUAGAAGAAGAGGAGAUUGCCGAUUAUGAGGCUAAGCCAAGACGUUUUGACGAUCAGAAUGAGGAUUUGGUUGAGGGAUUACCUGUUAGAAGUUCAGAUGGAACAAUUCAUAGGGUUGUUAUGAAAAAAGAGGAGAGAAAAACCAAGAGACUUCAGGAUGAGGAGCAGAAGGAGCUCGAAGAAGAACAAGAGCAAGAACAGGAAGAGCGAGAACAAGAAGAACAAGCUAGCAAAGAAGAUGGUAAGAAUUCUGUCUUUGACGAAUCAAAUGAUGAGAAGUAUAAAGAUCUUAGUGCUGCCGAAAUGGUUCUCAAAAUAAAGGAGGAUCUUGCCGACAUGGCCCAAAGUAUGAUUGAGGAUCCGGAGGAGAACGUUAUGUUGAUGAGUAGGGUGUUGACUAUGAUGACGUCCAAAAAUCCUAUAAUAGCCAAGCUUUCUCUUCUUUCUUUGGUUCCUGUGUUCAAGAGUAUAUCGCCAUCCUAUAGAAUAAGGCCUCUUACCGAAGCAGAAAGGAAGGAGAAAAUGUCGAAAGAUGUGCAGAGAACGAGAUUCUUUGAGCAAAAUUUAGUGAGCUACUAUCAAAAAUACUUGAAGUUUCUCGCUCGUAAAGCUUCUGUGGUAAUCAACUCUCCAAGAGCAAGUAAUCUUGAUAAGCAGAUGGGAAUCGUGGCUACUAGGGCAGCCUGUGAGUUGACAGAAUCGUUGAGGUUCUUUAAUUUUCGUUCCGACCUUUUCAAACUGUUGAUAAGACGUGUUAUGAGGAAGCCUUCUAGUGAAUCCGAGCAUGAUGCAUUCAGAAGGUGUAUUAGUACCUUGGAGGGAUUGUUGGUAGAAGAUUUUGAGUCCGGUGACGUCUCCUUCGAUAUAGUGAGGAUUGUAUGCAGAUCCAUUAGACAUAGAGAUUUUAAAGUUGAUGAGAGUGUUGUCAACAUCUUUUUAUCUCUAACGGUUUUGAGCGACUAUGAUCCAUUACGGAAAGAGGACGAAAAAGAAGAGGAAGCCAAGAUGAGAAAGAAAGAUCGUGUAUACUUGACCAGGAAGCAGCGAGCGCAGUUGAAAGAGCGCAAGCUGAUUGAGAAAGAAUGGGACCAGGCAGAGCAGAAGGUGACUUCUCAGCAAAGAGAGAGAUUCCAAGCUCAGAUUCUUAAGCUACUACUCACUUUGUACCUUGAAAUCUUAAGGGGAAGACCGGAGAAAUUAAUGGCCCCAGUUUUGGAGGGUCUAGCUAAAUAUGGGCAUCAGGUUAACUUAGACUUGAUGGGUGAUUUCUUACAGGUCCUUAGAGAGAUUUCUGAGGACUUGUUAACCAACCAGAUGUCUGGAAAGGGCAUCACUGGUAAUCAGAUGAGGCAGGUGCUUCUAUGUAUUAUCACCUCAUUCUCCUUGGUUUCGUACAUGCCUCCGAAAAAGGUCCACCUAGACCUUAACAAAUUUGUCGACUACCUUUACUCCUUGCUUCCUAUGUUAUCUCAGGAUGCAGAUAUAGAGUUCUCUCAUAAGACACUUAGACUUAUGGACCCCCUCUCAACACAGCUACAAAUGAAGCCUUCUGUCAACGUCUCGACAGAGGCUGAGUUGUUACUCAGAUGUGCCGAUGCCAUUUUUCUUAGCUCUCGUUCCGGUUCAGAAGCUCGUGCUUUGGCUUUCACCAAGAGAUUUUACUUGGACAUGCUUAAUUUUCCUGAAAAGACUUCUAUCGCCAUCUUAAAGUUCAUAGAUAAACUCAUGUCACGAUACGAUGAGAUCAAAUGUUUAUAUACCACGGAAGACCGUAUUCAGAAUGGUGUGUACCAUUCCUACGCGGAUUCUGUUGAAAGAGCCAAUACCGAAGUGGCUGUCCUCUGGGAAAAUGUUUUACUUGAAAAGCACUACAAUCCAACGGUGUCUAUGGCUGCUAAGGCUCUUCUCAAAAGGGCAAAGGCUAGAAAUGCCAUAUAA